UGAAUCAGCCCAGCGCCAGGCCAGGUCUAGCUCAAAACGGACCACGCCCCCGGAACCAUGAUGCCACCGGCCUUAAAUGGGCAAUGCCACUCUGGCCUUAGAGACCGCAAUUAAAAGGGCAACGCCUUGACCCACCGUUUUACAACACGCAGACCUGUGACAUACAGCGUAGCCAACCCCUUUAUCACAGAACUCUAAUUCUAGAAACCCCACCCUACAACUGGCAUGGAUCGCGGAGAGAAACAAUCAAAAUAGACAAAACGUCGCUUGGGUGAAAGCCAGGGCGUGUCUCCUGGGAACUGCAUGCUGGGAGUUGCAUCUCAUUUUUCCUGCCUGGGGGGCGCUCGGGUGCCAGCUUCGGGGCCGCGCGCUGAUUGGCUCCUUGGGAAACAGCCGGGACCUUCUGUUCAGGCCGGUUGGCGUCCGCUCCGCUGCGUCGGUGUCCUGCGCUGCGUACUUUUCUGUAAUUUGUUUUUUUCUGGACUGUCCUUUGGUAACAGCCACCGCGGGCUUGGAACUUCCCGAGAGUUCUUCCUUAACAGCAGUCCCUCUUUUGUUAGUUCAAGACUGAAGCGCGAGGAACUCACCAUUUGGCUGAAAUAGGGACCAGAUUUCCUAAACUUCCGUCGGAGAAAAAAAAAUCUAACGGUGGAGGAGAGAAUUUCUAGUGUAUGGCCCGCAGUUUGUUUUUAAGUUUCUUAUUUUGCCUUAAAGAUGAGGGAUUUUGCAUUUUGUUCUCAUGGCAUAUUUUUGUUUUCCUGAAAACGCUUAAAGCCACUUGUUAAAUUAGUACACCCUGCCAGGUGAACCAGAUCUUUAACUGUGGCUUCAGUGCCUUUACACCCCUUCACUCGAUUGUUGGGCUUAUUACAGAACAGAUUUGAAUUAUGGAAGAACCAAAUUUUGACCUCUGUCACUUAGUACCUAAGUACUAGAAGGCUAUUUUAGCGAGCUGCCCAAGUCAACUUAGAUUACUAGUUUUUAAGCUUUACCUAAGGCUUUGAUAGAUUGGCAUGAGAUCAAGUUUAUAGUCUUACUGAGUUUGUUUUCGUGAUUGACUUACUCUGUUUUGUCCUAAUAAUGUCUGCCGUCAUACACAGAAUGUAGCAUUUUGGAUAUGCUCGUCUAGACCACAGGAGCUUCCUUUUAUCCUGCGAGUAUGAGUAUGGUAGAAAAAGUUUGAUGUCAGCGACAUGUGUCCAUUUUCUGAGUCUGCCUUGAAGCCUGUCUCUGGAUCCUGACCUUACUUGUUCUUCCAAAUUUUGAAUCUUACCUUUUGCAGCUGUCCUCAAGGCUUUCUUUGCUUUGUGUUGUUUUUCUGAUUUACUUUAACAUUUCUUAAAUUUCCUUAUUGUCCAAGCAUUUCACAAACUUGUUUCUUAUGUUUUUAAAAAUACAGAUGAUUAUCUCUAUGAAGGGCUGGUAUUUCCAGUUUUAGGUUCGCUGUUAUUUCUGUAAAAAUUCCCCUUUGCCUGUUGGAUUAGUGAGCAAAGAAGAAUGGUCUUUCCAGGUGCUCUGGUGACUUGUUUUAUGCUGUCUCUGAAUGCAUAACACCAGGGAUCUCGUAGGGGUUUUAGUUCAAGUUUCAAGUUCUAGCUCUGUGACUUUGGGCAGGUGUCUUACAUCUUUAAGCGUCAGUCCUACAUCUGUAAAUUAGUGUUUGGAUACUUAAAGAAGAUUACUUGAAGACUGCUUUUGGAAUCAGGUAGUAUGGAUCCAAGCAGUGACUACCAUUUCCUCAACCAGAUUUUGUGGAGAAGAGUGAAACUCACAUUGAUUUGUGGCAUCUUUGAGGGAGUGCUUCAGCAUGUGGACCCUAACAAGAUUGUUGUCCUGAAGAAAGUGAAGAAUGUGGAGACUGGUCGAAGUGUCCCAGGAGUGAAGAUGUUUUUUGGACAUGAGAUUGUGAAUGUGGAACUACUGGAUGAAGUGGAACAAGGUGCAGUGAGAGAAAUGGCAUCUUCUGUCAGUUUAAAUACAGAAAGAGCCAGGAUGGAAAGAAUGAAAAAUGAAGACCUAAAUGUAUAUAAGCCUUCUUCUACCCCUGAGGCACCAACCACCUCUCUGCUGAAUGACCUCAAGUACAGCGCAUCAGAGGAAGAGGAGGUAUCAUACACAGUCAUUGAUCAGUUCCAGCAGAAGUUUGGUGCUGCAAUGCUCCACGUCAAGAAGCAAAGUGUACUGAGUGUAGCGGCAGAAGGAGCUAAUGUGUGUCGUCAUGGGAAACUGUGUUGGCUUCAGGUAGCCACAAAUAGCCGAGUUUACUUAUUUGACAUUUUGCUUCUGGGAAGUCGCGCUUUCAACAAUGGACUUCAAAUGGUAUUAGAAGACAAAAGAAUUUUGAAGGUUAUCCAUGAUUGUCGUUGGCUUUCUGACUGUCUCUCUCAUCAGUACGGGAUUUUACUGAAUAAUGUCUUUGACACACAGGUAGCAGAUGUCCUUCAGUUUUCCAUGGAAACAGGUGGCUUUCUUCCAAACUGCAUCAGUACUUUACAGGAGAGUUUAAUCAGACACCUUAAAAUAGCCCCUAAAUAUCUCUCCUUUCUGGAAGAAAGACAGAAACGGAUUCAGGAAAACCCAGAAUUGUGGUUCACACGACCUCUUUCACCUUCUUUGCUAAAAAUUUUGGCCCUGGAAGCUACCUACCUGCUCCCCCUUCGCUUGGUACUUCUGGAUGAAAUGAUGUCUGACCUAACCACCCUUGUGGAUGGCUACCUAAACACCUACCGAGAAGGGUCUGCAGACCGGCUGGGCAGCAUGGAGCCUGCGUGUAUGGAGCUUCCACAGGAACUGCUUCAACUCAAGGACUUCCAGAAGCAGCGCAGAGAGAGAGCUGCAAAAGAAUAUAGAGUAAAUUCACAGGGACUCCUAGUAAGGACAGUAUUACAGCCAAAGAAAUCUGUGACAGAGACAGCAGGGAAAGUAAAAGGUUUCUUGCUUUGUAAAAAUUCUAGGCUAGAUAAAGCUCCAACUUUUACAUCUCCUGAGGAUGUAAAUUUGCUAAAAGAAGAAUUGAAGAGCAAACAAACCAUAGCAGAACCUCAACAUCUACCUCCCAUAAAGGAAGAGCCCAGUGAGGAUUCCAGUAACAAACUCUGCCCUGAGUCAGAGGGGUCGAAGGACCAGCGAGUAACUAAAAAAGAACUCUUUAAGAUAGCUAAACAAGAAUUUCAGACAAGUUUGUCUUUGAAAGAAGAGCUAGAACGAUUACUGAUGGUGGAAAAGGAGGAGGAUCUGAAAUGUACAAAACAAGAUGUUUCAGUGUCUCGGUCCCUUCCUCAGGAAACCAGAGUGUCUCCAAGUGACAUCUUUCAUCCUUUUAGAAAAGCUGUGCUUCCCACACUUCCUCCCUGCCCAGCUUUGGAGAAGACAGAUUCCUGGAUAAAUCCAGAUUCUCUCAAUCUGCCUUAGAGUUCUGCAGUUUGUUCUUAAGGCCAAUAAAGUUGGCUUAUUUCCUCUGCCAUCAGGGCCUUCCUCAGUGCUUAGGUUUCUCAUGUUGUAAAUUUGGUUUUGUCUCAGUCACAGUCUUCAGGGAAAAUUAUAUUCUCUUGCUUGCUCCUCUGUUCCUGGAAUUUGAUUAGGAAUGGAAUAAAUCGUUAAUUAAUGGAAGAACUGAAUUUACUGAUUAUGUCACUGUAUAGAAUUGUUCCCUGUGGCCAAACUGAAUUGUUUCUCAUAAUUUGGCUUUAAAUGGUUUGAAGAAGGGAAAAAUAUUGGACUUAGCAUCUGAAAGAAUCUAUACUUUAAAAUUUUUGUUGUUUUUUCUGGUUUGAAGGGGAUUGGUAAAACUCUUAGCCAUAAGUUUAAAAAAAUUGGUACCUGACAACUUUCCCGGUACUUUUUUCCUUUUUAAAAUAUUAACAUUAACUUGCCAAUUAUACAUCAAUAAAGCUGAAAAAUAUUAAAUUUAUUUUUGAAUUUGAAAUGUAUGAUCUGUCUUCUGUCAAAGGCAAACUGUUGUUGUUGUUAUUGCAGAAAUCAAUACCCCCGUUUUAAUUUCUUUUCAUUCCAUUUACUUUUAGAAAGAGCUUUGUCCAUUUUCCUAACAAAGCAGGAACUUCUAUAGAGUAUGUCUAUUAUGUAAACUUGAAGUUUGAUUCCAAGUUUGCCUGGAAUUGGUAUGUUUUCUUAGGGUGAAAGGAAGGCAGCUUGUAUUGAGCCCUUUUUAUAUUGAAUAAUUGCAAGUUACUCACAUCCUUUUGUGUGUAAUAACCAAUAAACCUGUUUUGGCUAUAA